ACUAAACGUGUAUCACAUAAAAAUUCACAUUAUAAUUCAAUACAAAAUACAUCAAAUUUAUCAAUAAUUAAUGAAAAUCAACGAUCAUCACCAUUAUUAAAUCAUCAUACAAAUAUAUUAACAAUAAUUUUAACUAAUUUUCAACCAAAACGACCACAAAUAUCUGAUAAUAUGAUUAAAAAUUAUAUUGAUACAUGUAUGAAUGAAUAUUAUUUUGAAAAAACUCAAAAACAAAUCAAUAAUGAAAAUGAAAAUUUACAAAAUAUUGAACCAUUAACAAAUUUAAAUGAAAUUAAUACUUCAAAAAUUAUCAAUAAUUAUUCUGGUAUUUAA